UGACCGCGGCCGCGCCGGGAGCCGCGGCCCAGACCCGAUGGCCCGGGAGCCGGGGCCCAAGCCUCACCUGAGGGCGAGACACUGUGAGGUGCCAGGGGUGAAGACCUUAUGCAAUCUCACCGAGCUUCUGAACAGACUUCAGAAGGAUCACAGAGAGGACGUCUACCUUUACACCUCUGGGCACUUGAAUCCCAGUAAGCUCUACAGGCCGCCCGAGACCAUCCUGUAUCACUGGCCCAAUGCCAACAGACCCAGAGGGGAGACCGUCUUCAGCGUGGGAAAGCCCUCUGAUAAGACGAUCGCCCAGAUGAAAGACGCACUGGCUUAUUUUACCCUCAACACAGCUCUGGGGCCAAACGAGGCCCAGCACACCCCGCUGUUCAGGUAUUUGAACCCAGCGGCACACAGUCCACACACUUCACAGGAGGGUCUCAUUCAGAGGAAGGCCCUGAGAAGAGAGGGCUCUCCGGAAGGGCGGAGGAGAGAAGAGCUGAGGUUGCCGGAGAUGAAGGUUCUAAGGUACCGAACCGUGGAGUCCAGCCGUCAGUGCGCGGUGCCUCCCCGUCGGGACGAUGAAUUCCACUACAUCAGCUCGUACUUGGGCGGCAUAACGAAGGCAGACAAGUACAGGAAGUUCUUGCGUUUCCAAAAAGAAGUCCUUGCAAAGCAAGAUCUCCUGAAGAGCGACUUCACGGGGAGGGAGGCGGCCAUAUGCCAGGAGAGGAAGCUGGAACAGGAGCUCCAGAAAGUAUGCGCAUGUGACCCCCAGCAGUUCAACAGACUGCAGGUCUAUGGAAAAGCCUUUGAAGAUAUUUGCAACAGCUCUUUGAUAUUUGGUGAUAUCCUAAAAGAAGUUAAGGAUGAAUACGAACUCUACAUGGUGAUUCUUCUGCACUCCCAGACCGCGUCACAGUAUGAGAUGCUGCUGGCCAACGCCAAGGGCCUGGAGAGGAGGUCUGUGAAGACAGCAGAUGUCAGCCGGGCCAGGGAGGAGCUGAGAGCGACUGUGACGGCCACCAGAGCAGCCCUGGAGCGGAAUGACAGACUCAGAAGUGAACUGGAGACAGAGCACAAGUUGCUGCAAUCUGCUAAGGAAAAAUCAGAAUCAUCUAAGAAAAGUGUAAUGGAUGAGGAUCACCUUACUCUUAUUGAAAAGGUUGAAAAGAAGAGGUGUGAAAUACUCAGCAAAUGGGAUGAAAUUCAAGCUCUUGAAAGAGAAAUUAAAACAACUUUGAUUCAUACUGGAAUUUCACAUAUCACUGAAAAUAGGGUUAAAAGCAUAGAGAAUGAAGCUAUGAAAUUGGAAACAGCAAAUAGAAUUUUAAAGAAGAAAAUACACAUGAUUGAAAACAGUGUGAAGCAGAACAUAGGGGAGCAUAAGAUGAGUGAGCAGGAGAAGCAGAAACUUUGGGAUUUCAUCAAAGAAUUUGCAAACUUAAAGGAAACAGACAAUAACCCUCAAGGGACUGGAAAAACGACUGAUGGAAAUUCACAGCCACCAUGUACGUAGCGUGAAUGUCUGCAGAUGUACACAUUAAUGAAGAUACAUCUCAUUUUGUCAGUUUCUUUUCAGUUUUAAUUUCUAAUAAAAAUUAAUGUACUAUAUGUAUCCUACUCAAGAUAUGGGAAUAAAUACACGUAUGCAUGAGAUUA